AUGGCCAAUAUCGACAAACCACUCACAGAACCUCCAGGCGGGACGAAUUUCGAUGCGCUGACAGACACGGCAGACAAGGCGCUCAGUCCACCCAUCAUCACCACGGACUCGUCUCCCCCAGCGGUCUCUUCCCCAGAUCCCGCUUCCCAGAGCGCCCUUGCACUCGCCAUCCCCUCACCGACGGGAUCUGCAGAGCCAUCUCGUCCAUCUUCCACCACUGGCGUGCAGACACCCACGUCCUCUGUCAGCCCUCAUCCGAAGAAGUUCACCGCCGUUAACAUCAACAAGAAGUUCCUCCAGAAGAACUCCUCUUCCUCCGCCCCAACACAUGCCCCAUCGUCCAUCGCCACUGUCAAGUCAGGCAGCCCAGUUCCUCGUCCAUCUGCCACACCCCUCAACUUGCACUCGCGCCUCGUCACAACCAAGCUCACCGCAGCGCCAUCACUUUCCACGACCACAGGUCCAGGAUGGUCCCGCCCGUCGUCCGCGACUCCUCCAGCAUCGUCUACCCAAUCGGCGGCUCCGAAUUCCACGGGCCAGCCGCACCCACCAGCGCCUGGCCCGUCGACAGGACCCGCCCCACCUCAGUUGCCUCAUGCCGGCAAGGUGAUACAACCGCAGCGGUCCUCGGUACCCCCUAAAGACAGUUCAAAGUCUGCAUGGAGCUCUACCAGGCCGCCUGUUGCACCGCUAUCCCUAAUUGCUACUAGCAAUGACUUCCCUACCGCGGCCGAAGUAGCCCAAGGUGCUUUAAAGCCCAAGGUCAUCGAGGUCAAGCAGUCAGAAGAGCCAUCAUCUUCUAAACGGGUAACUAUGCAAGAGGCCGAUGCCUUCAGAGGGGUGCAUCUUGAUCCAAACGCGCACCAUUGGGAUGAGAUGGAAGAGGAUGACGAUAAUUUUCUUGACGAACCGAUCAAUUUUGGCGAUGGGCGACAUUACGAGGUGUCAGCCCCAUCACCACCCGAUGUGUAUUCAGCACCUACACCUGGUGGAUACACCUCAGCACCCACCCCAAACAUUAUUUCUGCCCCCACUCCCAAUUAUGCAUCACCUCCAACUCCUCCCCAUCCCUUUGCUCGGACGCGGACUCCAGACUAUCCCUCUGCUCGGCCUCGGACUCCAGACCAUCCUGGUGGGCAUGACUGGCUGGAUCAGCGCCGCAGAUUAAAUGCAGGACACCCCGCCGACAGUGGGCUGCCGCAUAGUGCCGUCAACAAAGAGGAUCGCUUUGCUGAUGAUUACGACCGGAGUUGGCCUCGCUCGAAACCAUCCAUGUCGUCACUGGACACCCGUUCAGGAGGUGCUCCGCUAUCAGGCUCCUCUCACACAUCCUCGCAGCCAAGUCACUCGCCAUCUGAGAGCUCCAGGCAUCUUUUCAACGAGCGGUCAAAUCGUCUAGAGCCUUAUAGUGGACAAGCGCCUCCACCACAGCGCUUCAAUCACGGUGCAGGUGCGCACCCGCCUAGACUUAGCUCCCGACCGGACGACGUCGAAGUCUCUAGCGAUGUCCAUGCAGGCAGAGAUGGGCAACCACAUUCGGCAAGGCCAGUACAGUUGCUACAGAAAUCGGGCGGUCUGCCUCCUCGACCUCCGGGACCAGGUCACGUCCCGAAUAGGUCAUCAGAAAGAGCAGGACCGAGCUCGCCUGUCCUCUCAACUGGCCCCCCAAGAGGGCGUGAACGGCCGGCACAUCUACCGAGCAUGCAAACGGGAUCGUCAGGAUCAGCUGUUUUAUCCCCAAUCUCACCAGGAGGGAAAGGACGCCAGCUUCCUCCCCAUCUCUCGCAACGGCCUGAGUCGCCCACUCGUAGACGACCAUCUUCUACGCUUGAGUCUCCUCCAACAUCCAUCAGAGGUGCAGCUGCUUCCCCGGUUUCGUCGCAGACGUUGGAAGCACCACAGCUUUUGUCACCUGCAGUGGACAUCGAAGACGUACAUAAGACCGCGAUGCAUUCGGCAGCUGAAAGGGCACGGCAGCGGAGACAGAUAGAAGAGGAAGAGAGACAGAAGGCACAGGAGCGUGCCAAGAGGAAGGCGGCUGAAAUGGAAGAGAAGAUGAAGAGGCUGGAGGCAGACAAAGCUCUCUCGGUGCCCGUGACAGAGCAAAAGACCUCCGCAGAGGCUGAUGCUGUGAACCUAAUUGAGGAAGCAGUCGCUUCUGCCGAUCCCAGGUCAGACCAACAACCAAUCCUCAUGAAGCCAAGUCUAUCCCAGAGGCCAACGGAACGACAACCCUCUCUUCGGUCUAUAUCUCCUUCGCCCUCUGCUGCUGCUGCACCUUCAACAGCCGUAGAAACUUGGAGAAGGGGUCCACCUCGAGUCAUUUCCCCUGCAAGUCAAACACCACCUCCGGCUCCUGCAUUGCCAUCCCAGCAGCAAUCGCUUCCAAAAUCACCAGUUCCUGUGAAAUCAGUCUUGCAUGGAGCAGAGCCACCGCCAAAACUGACAGGUGAUGGGCUCGAAGAGGUUGACUUCUCAGACCUCGGCAAGUUUGUCAGCGGUGAACCUCCCGCGUCUGCUGGGCUUCCUCCAAAACCCGUAGCCGCCGCUGAGGCCGCUAAAUCAAACAGACCGGUUGCUAGCGACUUCUUCGAGAGUCCUCCCAGGACGGAGACAAAUCCGUGGAGGCGCCCCCCAAGCGAGUUUGCUCGCAGGCGACCGUCUACCUCCCUCUCGAAUUCCGAUAGGCCUUCCGGAGAGGUUGAUGGACCGGUGCCUGGCACACCGUCGAAACCUUACCUGAAGGAAGCGGACCUCCUUGCAACACAGCGCCAUCCGCUUCCACCAGUGCCGGUUUCGCCAACGCUCUCCAUGGGAUCGAAAGCUGCAGCUUACCGCGAAGCACCAAUGUCUGCUCUUGACGACGUGAUGUCUCGCAUCAAGGGUGCUCUGGAUGGCAUGCACGCUGAAAACACACCUGUUCCUACGACGGCUGUCAAAGAAACGCCUCGGACUCCUGAGGAAACUCGACCUCCCAAGCCUUCCCCGCCACCCCAAGCGCCUUUACCGCUGUCAUUGCCUCCAAAACCGAUAGCAGUCAGAGAGCCGAGAUGGCUUCCGCCAGCCCUUCGACCCCGACAGCCACCAGGUCCUCGCACAACAGAGGUCUUUGACGUCACGGUGAGCGAGCCACCGCGUUCGCCCAAGCCAGCGUGGAACGCUUUCACGGUGAACCUACCGGAGGUGCCUGAACUCUCAUUCAUGCCCAGGAAGCAGAUACACCUGUACAAGAACGCUUCCGACUUCACCCGUUGGGACACACUAUCCUGGGAUCCUCCCGUGAGCGGUAUGUCGAAGCGUGACCUCUCGGUGAACGGGGUCCUCUUCAAACGACCUCAGCCAAUCAGAGGGAAGAUCAGGUACAGAGUGUCGCUUCCGAGGUUCUUUCCUCGCCAGGCGGCCUCGAACUCAAGUACUCCGCGAAAUGUGCCUGCAACAGUCGGAACUCCAGCCAACGCUGGUAUUUUUGGUCGUCCACGGAUCACGGACGAUCUAACAUCGUGGCGCAAAGUAGCUGUAUCUUCUGAAGACAAGGAGGAUUAUGUGGAGGCUCCAUCCACACCCGACGUUGCUCCUACUUCGUUGGCAGAGAGCGCAAGUGCCAAAGGAGACCCUGCAUCCACGCCAUCACGGUCAAAACCGAAGAUGCCCGUUGGGCAUUCCGUAGGAUUCUACCGGGACCCGGAAUCGCAGGGCAGUGAGAAGACACAAACGGUCAACUUCACGGUCUCCAGCGAACUGGAAGAACCUACCGCGAUUAUCACCGUUACUCCUGCGCCUGAAACGAGCGAUCUUGCUGCUCUUCCAGAGUCCAUGGCAGAAGACGCGACGGAGCUUCCAAGAGAAGCCAGCAAGCCUUUGUCCAACGGUGCUGCGUCGGACAUGGAUUCCCCUCGCGCUGCAGGAUCUAGCUUGGUUGGUUCCAAGAGCUCUGACGAUUCGGGCGCGGCACUUGUCACUCCUCCCUCCGGACAGUACGGCACCCCAUGGAAGUCACCACUUAGUCUUCCUGGAAAGGAUUCACCAGCCCGCGGACCUGAUCCAGAGCACCUGAAGGCUGUUUGGUCGCAGACGACAGACAAAGCGCUAUUGCCGAGCGUCAAUUCCCUUAAAGGUAUAGCCGAUGAUCUGACGGCUCUCCCGUUCACGCUACAAGAUGUCAAGUCGGAAGACGGUGGAACGCCACCUCCAACGAGUUCAGCAGCGCAACCGAGGCUGUCCCUCUCAGACGUAACGCGCGCCUUCCAGCAAGCUCCUCUGCCGCCGUCGGCCUCAUCACACCGUUCUGCGCCUCGCUCUCCGCCUUCUCAGCCUGCUCCUAUCAGUCGACCCAAUAACUUUUACAAUCACAACCAUAACCACAAUAUGCCUCCCUCGAAUCCCUCUAUGCGCCCACCAUAUCCGCCUUACUCUUCACAGUCUCUCGCGCAUUCCCCAAGCCCGACGUUCUUGUAUCCCCCGCCAGGACCAAACCAAGGUCCUCCCCGAAUGGCCACCAACGGUCAUUCGCCAAUGUACGGUCAGCCGCUCUGGGUAUCCGUGCCAUCGGGCCCGCAGAAUCCCAACGGAGGCAUGCGCCCGAUGCACUCGCCUUAUCCUGCGCAGCUGAUGUACCCUUCACCGAACGGAGUGCCCAUGUAUGGACCGCCACCAUCCGGCCACAAUGGACCUAACGCCGCGCACCCCAAUGGCACAUCUCAACCCCGCAGAGACGGCAUGCCCAUGAUAAGUCCGGUUCUGCCCCACGCCGCGCCGCAUGCACCCGCAAUGUAUGCGAACAGUCCAGUGAUGAUGCACGCUGUGCCGUCUGGACCUCAGGCGUUCAUGAGUCCGGUGCUCUCUAGCGGGAUGCCAGGGCGUCCAGAUGGUGCCCCCUCCGUACAAUCUCAGCACCCCGGUCCACAAAACUCUCAUGUCGGCGGUUACAACGCACAGAUGUACUCGCGACCCUCUUGGUGAAACAAAGGACCCAUGUGCACGAUCCGCAAUUGACGAUUUAUCUCCCUCUAGUAGUGUAGUCGUAUGCUGUUCCGUAACUUCUAUACAUUUUAC